CUGCAAUUAAUUGCAAUUCAUCUGCUCACUCUUCAUAACAUUCUGGACGACCUCCAGGCCUUCCAUUUGAAGAAAGUCAUGAUGGUGUUGCGGUUCUCCACCGACAGAGGGCAGCACCGAAUUUAUUUACGACCUUUUCGUCUGUCUUGCCGGCUGCUCUCACCUCAUCGGCGUGUGAAUGGCCGCCGGAUAGAAACUGCUGCUUUUCUGGAAUAAAAUGUCUCUCUACGACGACCUGGGCGUUGCGACCAGCGACGCCAAGACCGAAGGCUGGUCCAAGAAUUUCAAGCUGCUGCAGUCACAGCUACAGGUGAAGAAAGCAGCCCUUACCCAGGCCAAGAGUCAGAGGUCGAAGCAGGCGACUGUUCUUGCGCCAGUGAUUGACCUAAAGCGAGGAAACACCAGUGAUGACAGACAGAUCUCGGACACACCCCCGCAUGUUGCUGCAGGGCUCAAGGACCCAGCUCCGGGGGGCUUCUCCUCCGGCGACGUGCUCAUCCCACUGGCUGACGAGUAUGACCCCAUGUUCCCCAAUGAGUAUGAGAAGGUGGUGAAGCGGCAGCGAGAAGAGAGGCAACGCCAGCGAGAGCAGGAGCGUCAGAAAGAGAUCGAGGAGAGGGAGAAGAAACGGAAGGAGCGACAGGAAGGGGGUGCUCCCAGUGGAUUCUCCAGCUUCCCCGCAGAGGGCGAAUCUGAUGAAGAGGAGGAUUACGAGAAGGAGAGGAGGAAGCGAGCUGUAGGGGGAGCUGCGAUCGCCCCGCCGACCUCACUGGUGGAGAAGGACCGAGAGCAAUUUGCAACCACGUACCCUUACGAUGACGACGGCCGGCCUCGCACCCACUCAUCAAAGGCCGCCAUCCCCCCUCCCAUGUAUGAGGAUUCAGACCGCCCCCGCUCUCCACCCGGUCCCACCAGCUCCUUCCUGGCUAACAUGGGUGGAACAGUGGCACAUAAGAUCAUGCAGAAGUAUGGCUUCCGUGAGGGCCAGGGCCUGGGCAAGCAUGAGCAGGGUCUCAGCACUGCCCUGUCUGUGGAGAAGACCAGCAAGAGAGGCGGCAAGAUCAUCAUUGGAGACCUGACCGAAAAGGCAGGAGCCAAUCAGACGUCCGGGGGGGAUUCUCCAAAUUGGGUGGCUGCAGCUGCAGGGGAUGCCUCCAAGAAGCCGGAGAGCAACCCUCUGACGGAGAUCCUCAAGUGCCCGACUAAAGUUGUCCUUUUGCGGAACAUGGUAGGAAGGGGGGAGGUGGACGAGGACCUGGAGGCCGAAACCAAGGAGGAGUGUGAGAAGUACGGGAAAGUGACCAAGUGUGUCAUCUUUGAGAUCUCGGACACAACGGACGACGAGGCCGUCAGGAUAUUCCUGGAGUUCGAGAGGGUGGAGUCCGCUAUCAAGGCCGUCGUGGACCUGAAUGGACGCUACUUCGGCGGACGGGUGGUGAAGGCCUGCUUCUACACCCUGGACAAGUUCCGGGCACUGGACCUGGGGGAUCAGGUGUGAGGCGGGCCUGAAAUAUCCGGGGAAAUACCCAGCGGAGGAGGUCCGAAACACUGCAGGCUGUUUGUUACUGGCAGCUAUCGCUCUUUUUAGUUCAUCUUGUGUCUAGAAGCACAUGGACUGGAAUGGUCUCUCAUCAAUAACAUUCUGAUAUGAUGUACCUUAAACCUGUAUAUUCAGUAUAAGUUUCUGUCAUGUCGUAAGAUGUGCAUGGAAUCGCGGCUGUUCUCCCCCCCCCCCCACCCCCCCAGUUGCAGUUUCCGCUGCAGAGAUUAUUUUUGAAAAAGUGCACAGGUUUCGUCUGUAAAUACAUUGGUGUUUUGGUGGUUUGUGAGUGAGAACUUGGCAAUAAAUCAUUUUUAGUGAUUCUU